CAUCUUAACUAUGACCAUGGCAUUGAGCAACAAGUUACACAAGCAGCUAGCCAUAGGGCAUAAUAGCAUUAGGAAUGGCUUCUUCGAUAUUCUUAAUACUACAUCUUCUCCUUCCUCUAAUUUUCCAUAAUUUUGAGAAUUCAUAUUCAUUCUCCCUCUCUGUGGAGAACUUCAAAGAAGAAGUAAUAGUGUCAUCACCCAAAGCUACAUUCAGCGCAGGGUUUUACCCCGUAGGGGAUAACGCAUACGGCUUCGCCAUAUGGUACACAACAACACCUCACACCCUAGUGUGGAUGGCCAACCGGGACCGACCGGUAAACGGAAAGCGCUCCAUGCUAUCCCUUCUCAAAACCGGUAACCUCGUAUUAACCGAUGCUGGCCAGUCAAUAGUGUGGUCCACCAACACCAUCACCUCAUCGAAACAAGUCCAGUUACAUUUCUACGACACCGGCAACCUCGUUCUCCUAGACAACUCCAAUGCUGUUGUUCUGUGGCAAAGCUUCGAUUUCCCAACGGACACGCUUCUUCCUGGUCAAACACUCAGCAAGAACACCAACCUUGUUUCGUCCAGAAGCCAGACCAACUAUUCCUCCGGUUUCUACAAGCUCUUCUUUGACUCUGAGAAUGUUCUACGCCUCAUGUACCACGGCCCUCGAGUUUCAAGCCUCUACUGGCCCGAUCCUUGGCUUCAGAGCAACGAUUUCGGAAGUGGUAAUGGUAGAUUAUCUUACAACGAUACCAGGGUGGCUGUACUCGAUCAUUUAGGCUACAUGGUUUCUUCCGAUAAUUUCACUUUCAGAACAAGUGAUUACGGGACGGUGCUCCAACGGAGAUUGACCCUCGAUCACGAUGGUAAUGUUCGUGUCUAUAGCAAGAAAGACCUAGAAGAAAAAUGGUCAAUGUCAGGGCAAUUCAAGUCACAACCAUGUUUUAUUCAUGGGAUUUGUGGACCCAAUAGUAUUUGCAGCUAUGAUCCUAAAAGUGGAAGAAAGUGUUCUUGUAUUAAAGGGUAUAGCUGGGUUGAUAGCGAAGACUGGUCUCAAGGUUGCGUACCAAAUUUCCAACUAAGAUACAACAACAACACUGAGAAGGAGUCUCGCUUCCUGCACUUACCCGGAGUCGAUUUUUAUGGAUACGACUACGGCAUCUUUAGGAAUCGAACUUAUAAAGAAUGUGAGAAUCUGUGCUUGGGAUUGUCCCAAUGCAAAGGGUUUCAGCACAAAUUUUGGCAGCCAGAUGGUGUGUUUAUCUGUUUCCCGAAGACGCAGUUGCUAAAUGGGCAUCAUACACCAGGUUUCACAGGAUCAAUCUUCUUAAGACUGCCAAGAAAUAGUCCUCUGUCGCUCAGUGACAGUGAGAACCCCAUCAAUUAUAACAACGGCUUUGUUUGUGGGGGAAGUAAUGGAGGACCGAAACUACUGGAUAGACCAUAUGUGGAAGAAGAGGAAAAUGACUCAGUGAAGCUCUUGGUUUGUUUUGUGACUGCCUUGGGAGGAAUUGAGGUUGCGUGCAUCUUUCUGGUGUGGUGUUUCUUGUUUAGGAACAAAAAUAGGAAAUUACACUCGGGUGUUGACGAACCCGGCUAUGUUCUUGCAGCUGCAACAGUAUUUAGGAAAUUCAGUUACUCUGAACUGAAAAAGGCAACCAAAGGUUUCAGUGAAGCCAUUGGAAGGGGUGGUGGAGGUACUGUGUAUAAGGGUGUCUUGUCUGAUAGUCGAGUUGUGGCAAUAAAGAGACUGCAUCAAGUAGCAAACCAAGGAGAAAGUGAGUUCCUGGCUGAAGUAAGCAUCAUUGGAAGGCUUAACCACAUGAACCUAAUCGACAUGUUGGGGUAUUGUGCAGAGGGAAAGUAUAGAUUGUUGGUUUAUGAGUACAUGGACAAUGGUUCUUUAGCUCAAAACCUCUCAUCAAGUUUAAAUGCACUUGAUUGGAGUAAAAGAUAUAACAUUGCUCUUGGAACAGCAAAGGGUCUGGCCUACUUGCAUGAAGAAUGCUUGGAGUGGAUUCUGCAUUGUGAUAUUAAGCCACAAAAUAUACUUCUCGACUCUGAUUAUAAACCCAAGGUAGCAGAUUUUGGCUUGUGUAAGCUACUUAACCGGAACAGCAACCUCGACAAUUCAAGUUUCUCAAGGAUAAGAGGAACAAGAGGCUACAUGGCACCAGAAUGGGUUUUCAACUUGCCAAUCACUUCCAAGGUGGAUGUUUACAGCUAUGGAAUUGUUGUCUUGGAGAUGAUAACUGGAAGGAGCGCAACAGCAGGUACCCAAAUCACAGAAUUAGAAGCAGAGUCGUAUCAUCACGAGAGGUUGGUAACAUGGGUGAGGGAGAAAAGGAAGAAAGGAUCAGAAGUGGGAUCAUGCUGGGUGGAUCAAAUCGUUGACCCUGCUUUGGGGUCAAACUAUGAGAGAAAUGAAAUGGAGAUAUUGGCAACGGUGGCUUUGGAAUGCGUAGAGGAAGAGAAAAACGCGAGACCAAGCAUGAGUCAAGUUGCCGAGAAGCUGCAAAGAUAUGCACACAAUUCUUGAUGGUCGGAACAAAGAAAAGCCAUCUCUCCCAUGACAGCAAAAUCACUACCGUUGCUUAUGAGCAAGAGUUAAAUCAAGCAGAAGAGACUUGUCUCUCAUAACGUGAUGAAUUAAAGAUUUGAAUCUCCGCUAAAAAAAUGUACUCACUUGUAGUGUUUGACUGCAUUUAGGACAGCAUCUCUUGUUGUAAUCUUUGGCUUGUUACGGACACACCUUGUGGUCUUAACAAGUUUGUGGUAUUAAAAUCUGUUUUGGCUCUUAAAAAAUUGUUGACUUUGAAAUGCUCUUCUGCU